AAAAAGAGAGAAUCUCACACAAAGGAAGUGAAACAUUUAAUGGCAGAAAUUGAAGCACAAGAAGAAGAAGAAGACGACUCCGACUCCUCUUACACCACCACCACCACCACCACCACCACCGUCCUUCUCCAUGGCCCACUAAUCUUCAGACCCUAAAUCCAAAUCAAGGUUUCGAAAACAAGUGCAAAAAAGAAAGAAAGAAAGAAAGAGUUAAGAAAAAUGGGGAGGGGAUCGUUUUUCUUUUCAAAGAGCACGAGACGCCGAUUAAAGAAGAAAUCGGGCCCACCAUCUCCACCGACACCGGCUCCUCCUCCUCCUCCACCGUUCGGAGCAGCAUCGCCACCUCAGCAGCAAUUAGUUGAGGCUAAUAAUAUUAAUAGUAGCAAUUUAAUAGUGGGGAAGGUAGUGAAGAAGAAGGCAGGGGGGGCGAGAUUGUGGAUGAGGUUUGAUAGAUUAGGGAAUUCGGAAUUGAUGGAAUGUGAUAAAAGUGUAAUUAUAAAGCGCGUGUCUAUCCCUGCUAGGGAUUUGAGGAUUCUUGGUCCUCUUUUCUCUCACUCCUCUAAUAUUCUUGCCAGGGAGAAAGCCAUGGUUGUCAAUCUCGAGUUUAUAAGGGCCAUAGUUACAGCUGAAGAAGUCCUGAUUUUGGAUCCUCUACGCCAAGAGGUCCUUCCAUUUGUGGAUCAGCUCAGGCAACAAAUACCUUUUAAAAGGCCAUAUAAUGUACAGGGAGCAGGCCAUGCAGAAUCUCAAGAUAAUGAAAUGCGCAUUGCAACUGGUGGGCAGUGGCUGCCUGUUCCAGAAGCUCAAGAAGGUUUGCAAUCUGAGCUUCCAUUUGAGUUUCAGGUUCUGGAGAUUGCAUUAGAGGUUGUCUGCACCUAUUUGGACUCCAAUGUGGCAGAUUUAGAGAGAGAUGCUUAUCCUGUUUUAGAUGAACUGGCCAGGAAUGUUAGCACCAAGAAUCUUGAACAUGUGCGAAGUCUGAAAAGCAAUCUCACACGUCUGCUUGCACGUGUGCAAAAGGUGAGAGAUGAAAUUGAACAUUUAUUAGAUGAUAAUGAAGAUAUGGCAGACUUAUAUUUGACGAGAAAGUGGAUCCAGAAUCAGCAAUCUGAGGCUUUAUUGGGAGCUGCAGCUUCGAAUAGCAUCAUCACUGCUACCCCUCAUCUCCCUCGCCUUAAUUCUAGUCGCAGUGCAAGUCUGGUUACUGGCAGCAUUUUGGAUGAAAAUGAUGUGGAGGACUUGGAAAUGCUGCUCGAAGCUUAUUUUAUGCAGUUGGAUGGAACGCGCAACAAGAUCUUGUCUGUUCGUGAGUAUAUUGAUGACACCGAAGACUAUGUCAACAUCCAACUCGACAACCAGCGAAAUGAACUCAUUCAACUUCAGCUGACAUUAACCAUUGCAUCAUUUGCUAUUGCAAUGGAUACUUUGCUGGCAUCUUUCUUUGGCAUGAAUAUUCCUUGCCGAUUAUACGAGAUGGACGGGGUAUUUGGCUACUUUGUUGGAAGUACCUCAGCAGCAUGUUUCUUGCUUUUCAUGCUUGUUCUAGGGUAUGCUAGAUGGAAGAAGCUGCUUGGUUCAUAAGUCUAGCACAUUUCUUACAGUAGCAUGCACAGGAGUUUGGGUCUCAAUACAGUUAUUGGCAUGUUAGUCCCAGUAAAUGAGAAGUUUAUACUUAGGAGAUGGUGCAUUUAAUUAACUUUUGAUUUCUGUACAUGAAUUAUACUGGAUGUUAUAUUUGUGGAAAAUGAAAACCUGUAAAUUUUCCCUUUUCUUUUAGAUGAUGCCAUAUAUUAAAUGUUGUAAUUUAUAAAAUACCAGGUUAUAUUAAAAAUUUGUUAGAAGUAUA